UUUUGUGUGCAAAAAGAACUUUAAGUUUGUCUAUUGGACAUUACACUUGGGUGACUUUGCGUAAAAGCAGAGAAGGUUAAAUUUCGCAUUCUGCUAGAUUCCCUUAGGCAGGCUCCUAUACCCAGGAAUUUCAACUGCAAUCGCUUCUACGGUAUUUUAGGAAACAAGAAUUCAGACUAAUGGAGGAAAAAGAGGACACUUUUGCCGAGGAAACUGAUCCCAGCGACAAAAAACCAAAGAUUCCAGUAUUUGGAAAUAGAGUGUCAAGUACGUCCGAAAUGAAUGGGUCUACAAAUCGAUCCUUUUCAAAUACAUCAUUUCCCUUUUCGAACUCGUCAUCGCCGACUGAGAUGGAUCCUCAGUCCAGUGAUAUGGAGAUACAGAUUUACUCCAACUCCAGCUCGUCUGGAUAUUCUGACAGCUUUACGUCGGAGAGCAUGCAGAUGAAGCUCAGAGAGGACGUGGUCGACGGCAAAGAUAACUGUAUACCGCUCACAAAUGGACCAAUCACCCUGUCCCUGAUGGAGGCCAAACUGUGGUACAAAUUUUUAGAAGUUGGGACUGAAAUGAUUAUCAACAGAACAGGAAGGAGAAUGUUCCCGUUCGUGGAAUUUUCACUAAGAGGUGUGGAUCCUGUUGGAUUAUACGACGUUAUCUUUGACAUCAUCCCAGCAAGCAAUAAAUGUUUCAAGUUUUUAAACAACAAAUGGGUGCCCAUUGGCAAAAAAGAACACGAAUUCAAGACACAGCCUUAUAAACAUCCCGAUUCGCCAAGAAUCGGUUCGGAGUGGAUGACCAGAAAAAUAUCCUUUGAAAAAGUAAAGCUCUCAAACAGGCCUGGAUCAAAAUCGGGAAUAUUUACUCUCCACACCCAACAGAAAUACUUGGUGCGAAUUUCCCUCGUAAAAUAUGAGAAGGGGGACGAAGUGCCAGUAGUGGAGUAUCCCAUCCAAGCUACUACAUUCGUUGCCGUCACUGCCUACAACAACAGAGAGGUUGCGGACUUAAAAAUAAACAGUAACCCAUAUUCCAAGGCUUUUAGAUAUCCUGUGAAAAGAAUGAAGAUUCAAUCAUUCAUACCUAAUCAAGAAAGAACGCAUGCCACCAAAAAUGGUGCAAAAAAGAAAUCCGUGAUCGCCAAUAUUCAAAACUAUCAAAAGGUUCUUCAACAGAAUCUUCUAAUUGACGUUUCCCCAAUAAAUAAAAAAGCAAAAACAAGCUAUGUCUCAUCGGAAACGAAAAACGAAAAGGGCAUUCAAACAGAUAUAUCAAUGGCGGAUAUUCAGUCGUGGUAUAAAUUUUUAGCAAGUCCUCUUGCCAUGAGCUUCUUUGAAAUGAACGUUCCUUUACCCAUCUUUCCACACGUGAACGGCAACAUCUGUGAACAAGAAUCCUACAAUGGAUACAAUGGAAAUAAUGGCGCCUUUUUACGUCGGAGAUUUCUUGUUCCCCCAUCAGCAACCUCAUCAUCAUCUGACAAUCAGAACGACGAAGAGAUGCAAAACAAAAUCAUUAAAAGGGACAUUGCCAGGGAGGAACGAAAAAUGCAACAUGAUGCCAGAUUAGAAACAUCGGAUAUAAAAGACGACGUUCAGAAACAUAUCGGCCGCGAACGUACGACAGAGGAGCGCUUGGAACAGUACAAAUCAAGGAUGGAAAAACACUGCAACAAGCAUAGUGAUCAUAGUGGGGCCUUUUUACCAAGAAGGUUCCUCAUACCCGCAGAGACUAUAUCAUCAUCAGAUAAUCAAAAGGAGGAGGAGAUGCAGAACAAAAAUAACAGCCGGGAACGGACAACGCGAGAGGAACGACUGGAGGAAUACAACGCUAGGAUUGAGAUGUGGAAAAGAGACAAAGAUUAGCAUACAGCUGAAACCACCCAUGUUGUAAUCAGCUGACUUUACUGAUGAAGGAAGAGAGAUCUCGACAAAUGCGAUUAUUUAAAAUUCAACGAUUUUUGUUGUUGUUGUAAAUGAAAUUGAUAUUUAUUGGUUAUUUUACAAGGAAUUUUUCUUGUCAUUUUAGUGAAACAUUUUUAGAUAUUUAAGAUGUUUUUUUAUACCCAUUGAUAUGAACAAAUAGAAUAAAGUCUGUUUUUAUCAGAUUUGAUAAAAGAAAAGGGACAUGUAAAAUUCCGAUAUAUUUUGGUUAAAAAGUUUAAAACAGAAAGACUGGCAACAUGAAAACUUAUUACAUAAACGAGUAUAAAGAUGUAGCAUUGAAGAUUGACAUUAUUUUCUACAUGUGGUCGCAGGAAAUGGACACUGAUAAAAUUCAAAGUUGUUUAUGUAAUAUAUGUUUAUGUUAUGUGAUUUUUUAAAGAACAGAACAGAGACAUGAUUUGAUUUUGAUUAUCAGUAGACACAAAUUCGUAGCUUUAAAUUUACAAAAUCUACAGCAUUUAAGGCAAGCUCAGUGUAUAUAUUUUAUAGCAUCAUGAAAAGAAAAAAUAGUUUUAUAUGCUAUCAUAUUUAGCAAUAUCAAGUUAUACGUGAGAUAAGCCGUGCUCAUCUAUCUUCCUUGCACAUAUGCAUGUUUUGAGUUAGGACAAUUUGCUUUUACUACAAUAUUAUGUCACGUGUCCUCUAUUGUUGUAUUUGUAUGGCAUUAUUUUUUUUAUUUUUUGCAAACAAUUACUUGUGACUUUCCAAAAGUAGUAAUUACAUUUUUCUUUUUAAAAUAGUGUAAAUAAAAUUUCUGAUAAGAGUUGAAAGGUUAUUGCACAUUGAUGUUAUGGUUCUGUUUAAGCAGGUGGUUUUUAGUCUGUUCAAUAUUCAAAGAGCUCUUUGUGAAAUUUCAGUGAAGCCUAUUACUUUACUUUUAGAUGCAAUCGAUUUUGCAAUCUGGCUAUUUAUGUCUUUGAUAAGAUAGUAUUAACAUUGUUUGUCAGUGACAACCCAGUGAAAAUGCUACUAUUUAAUUACUUUGAUGACUAUGAUAUCAGUGCCUUGGUGAAAUCGCUUCCAGCUUUACUUUCAUUUCAUUAUUUAUUUUCAUCAUGAGUUACAGUGUCUAUCAUACAGAUGUACGUAGUUUUAUUCAGUGUUGUAUUCUGUAAUCUUUUACAUUUUAGUAUUUACUUCAUACAUGCAUUUGCAUUACAAUUUAAAAAAAAAACAAAAGCAAAAAACAUUUUUCGAGUUAAUGGCAACUCAUCUGCUUUAUAAACACCUUUAUUUGCAAAUGCUUGACAAAGGAAAUUCGAAAAUUGUCUUUAAAAAAAUUAACCACAGGUGAACAAGUUUUUGUGCUGUUACAUUAAAAAACAAAUAAAAAUUCGAUUUACCGUUAGAAAUACUCACCGUUUUAUUCUUUUUUUCGGUCCCUGUCUUAUAGGGCGGGAUGGUUGUAGCUAUUUUUAGCUAAAUGUACCGAAACGUACAGAAAAGCUCUUUCUCAAGAUAGAGUAAAAUAUUUGAAUUUUCUUUACUAAAUUAUAGUCUGAAAAAAAAAAUAUCAUAUGUUCAAGUUUAGGCAGAUCUGAUGAUCAGAACUUUUAACUUUACCGCUCGUGUACUUGUACAAAUUUCCCCCACUUGUAAAUAACAAUUUUUUGUUUAAAACUUUUUUAAGGCGUUUGAUAUAGUACAUGAAUUGCCUUUAACUUAUUUUUAACUAUUAAAUAUCGAUGGUGUGUGUUACACUGAUAUGAGCCCUUUUUUAUCAAAGUGUGUGUUGAUCAAAUGUUACAAAGUCACAUUAGAAAAGCGAUUAUAUGACAUUGUAAAAAAUUGAAUGUUUUUAAAAUAUGAUAUCUUUUGUACAGACACGUAUGUCAAAUUUCCAGAAUGUUUUUAUUCUUCGCAUUUUGUGUCCUCAUUGAUUGAAUUCAUAUCAGUUUGUCCCAUCUGAUUUACACAGCUUUCUAUUGUAUCUUUCUAUUGUUAGGAAAGCUUUGCCAAAACUACUCGAUGUGAUAUAGAUAUAACUCCCCGUCGUUGUCAUUGUCAUUGAUGUGAAACAAGAAUCAAAAACAUGUGACGCAAGCACAAAAGGUGGCUUAAAUAAGAGAUUGAUUCGAGACAUGUGGGUGUUUUUUAAGAUGUUUUAGUUAUGUAUAUGAAGCUUUCAGACCCGUUUUAAAACUUAUUUUGUCUAAAAUGGGUUCCAUUAGAGUCUUCAUUUUGCUAACUUUGUUUAUCGAAACUGGAAGCGUUCCGCUGGGAUUUGGAUCACAAGUGGGAACCAAGUUGAGGAAUUGUACUUAUAAAGGCAUUGAGUAUCCACAAGGAUCUUUCAAAACGCAUGACUGCAAGGAAUGUGUUUGUGCAGGGGAUGGGGAGAUGGAAUGCACUGAGACUAAUUGCUUUGACUACCCAUGCGUCGACAAAGUCCGCCGACCAGGGGAAUGCUGUCCAAUUUGUCCCAACGGCCAGAACUGCAAAGCCCCCGAUGGCACUCUUGUUCGAUACGAAGAGGAAUACGCGAUGUCAGAGAACGUUGUGUGUGUGUGCAACAAAGACCAAUGGGCAGAGCUAGAAGCGUCGUGUAAAUCCAGAAAAUGAAAGUGAAAUGAUACAUCAUAAUAAUGUAGAGAUGUUAUUGGACUUCAUGUAAUAAAGUUCUUUGUCACGGA